GACGCACAGCCGGGCUGUGGCGCGGCCAUGGCGAGCGACUUCUACCUGCGCUACUACGUGGGGCACAAGGGGAAGUUCGGGCACGAGUUCCUCGAGUUCGAGUUCCGGCCCGACGGAAAGCUGCGCUACGCCAACAACAGCAACUACAAGAACGAUGUGAUGAUCCGGAAGGAGGCUUAUGUGCACAAGAGUGUGAUGGAGGAGCUGAAGAGAAUAAUCGACGACAGUGAAAUCACAAAAGAAGAUGAUGCUCUGUGGCCUCCUCCUGACAGAGUGGGCCGACAGGAGCUCGAGAUAGUAAUUGGUGACGAGCACAUCUCCUUUACAACGUCAAAAAUCGGUUCCCUCAUUGACGUAAAUCAGUCCAAAGAUCCAGAAGGUUUGAGAGUGUUCUACUACCUGGUCCAGGACCUUAAAUGUCUUGUCUUCAGUCUUAUUGGACUCCACUUCAAGAUUAAGCCAAUUUAAAUCAGAUAAACUGAAGUUUGUAUUGCAAUGUUAGCAGUAGAGGUGGGGAGGGAGGAUACUGUUCCAGUUCUUCAUUGUUUCUGAAAUUUUUUUGUACUUUAGAUUAUUUUUUUGAUUGUUAUUUUGUUGUUGUUACAAACUGUCAGUGACUCAAUAAAAGGGUGAGAUCUGUGUUUUUGAUUUUUAAGCUGUGGUGAGCGACUGACUCCUAACACUUCUUUUAUAACGGUGCAUUCAGAGUGUGUCUCUUCACUUGGAUCACCCACACACUGCACUUCUCUACACAGCAGUAGAAAAAGGAAUGAAGCCUGGCUUUGUAAAAUGAAACUUUUGCCAGUUGUCAAGGCAAACUUUUGUUACUAUCCUGAGCUGGGUACUCUGUUGGCCAGCCAAGAACAACAUCUGGCUCCGCACAGGUAAAUGGUUAUAGCAGACACACAUCACCUUCGUCCCAGCUGGGGUUACCCGCUUACCUCCAGAGCAGAGGCAAACAACAGGAGCCAUCAGGGAUCUUCACUGACCGUCCCGUUCAGUUUCAGAGAAGCUGAAAAGCAACCUAGAAUGUAUUUAGUUUAGUUCUGGACUAGGAGAUCUGUUGUGCAGCAUUCGUUAAAAGACUGAGGCAUCCCCCACAGGCCCUGAGGGUGGGCCCCGUGGCAGUGCUGCCAGACUGCGCUUUUGCUUUCUCUUAACACGUCUGGUCUGUAAGAAGAAGCUGCGAUUAAAAAAAAAAAAAAAAAAAGUGA